AGAGAGGUACUGGGUGAAAACUACAGCUGUAGCUGUCAAAGUUCUGUUUUUACUUUAUCUUUAACCGGGGUUUGGGAGGGGGAACCUAUACAGGAGCGACGUAGCGCGACUUAUUUCAUUUUCGCUACGUGCAGUUAGAAGGGUCAUUUAGAAAUCUCACGCGCUCUCAACCAACUUUACAUGGACGCGGUUCCUGGAGUAAAUCCAGCCCGUGAGUUCUUGCACUUGCCUCAUGCGAUAGAGAGACUCUCGACUCAUUUCCUGGAUUCGUGAUUUUACAGCAACUUCUGCAAUCCUCAGUGGCACCUCCACGCGCGUCCCGCCAGCUCUCGGCAAUGCUGUUGACAGCAUGGAGAUAUGCGUUUCUGCCAAUGGGAUACACUAGUAUAAAACAAUAUUUGAGAGAUCUGUAAGGAGUGUUUGACUCAGACAUGGAUGGAUCUACGAAUAGUCUCGACGAUGUGUCUGCAGAAAGCAGCACAGAGUUUCCUGACAGGCUAUCUUUAAUGGAGGUGCGCCUCCAAGCACAGGAAGAUGAAAUAACGCUACUGAAGUCCUCAUUGGCCGACGCCCUACGGAAACUCCGCCUCCAUGACCAACAGAUACCCCUGCUUAAACAGCAGCUGAUUGCUGUGAACCCUGCUGCAGCCCGAGUGUUAAAUCAGUCCUGUUAUGUGGAUGGAUUCUCUAAACCUUGCAGACUGUCUUCAAGCUCUCUUGAUGGGUUUCACCACACAUCCAACAGCCAUGUCUCAAACACAGCUGAAAACGGGGAGGGCGGGGCUAAAACCGAUUGCAGCCACAAACCGAGCACUAGCGACAUGUGCACUCAGACUGAACCUUGGAUCCCAGAUCACGAGACUGUCCCGCUGUCCCUGACACGGGCCGCCCAGAGUCUCUCCCUGGAGGAUGCAUUAACAGAAAGCAUCCCGUUCGCUGAUGAAACCCCGAUCGAGCUUCGCAGAGAGGCUGAAGAUGCUGAUGAAGUCGAGAGGGGGAAGGACCAAACCUGGAGCUCCAUAGUUGAAGACGCCAUCCAGCCCACCACUAUCAGAACCCUUCAGAAACAACAGAGCAAAGGCAGCGAGGACAGCCAGGGUUCAUGCCCUCAAACCCCAACAUCCUCCUCGCCCGCACCCCCAAAAGAGCCGACAUCCAGCCCACACGGAGGCCCACUCUCCCCCAUUCGGGAGGGAGAGAAAAUGCUGGUGAGGAGGAACAGUGAGAAAAGCAAAGACUCCCAAGAAAAGACCAAACAGCGGCUUUCUAAGAAAGCGGCCUCCUCUACAAACUUACUCACACGAUCUCCAAGUCUGGAGAGCCGGGCAAAAGACCUCAUCUCCAGUACAGGAUCUCAGGGGUCCAGGAGAGGAACUCAGAGUCAGUCAAUCAAGAUGUUCAUCCGUGGACGACCAAUCACCAUGUACAUUCCUUCAAACAUUCUAAACUACGAGGAGCUGAAAAUGGAUCUUCCCUCACAGAAACUGGAUCUGGAUUGGGUCUAUGGUUACCGGGGACGGGACUGUCGAGCAAACCUUUACCUGUUGCCAUCUGGAGAAGCAGUUUAUUUUAUUGCAUGUGUGGUGGUUCUGUAUCAUAUCACCAACCAAACGCAAAGACAUUAUCGGAAGCACACAGACUGCGUCAGAUGUCUUGCCAUCCACCCAGACAAGGUGCGUGUAGCAUCCGGACAGACAGCGGGAGUAGACAAAGAUGGCAAGCCUCUUCAGCCCUUUGUGCACAUCUGGGACUCCAAAACGCUAGUGACACUGCAACAGAUCGGCCUCGGUACAUUUGAGCGAGGUGUAGGAGCCCUAGCAUUUUCCAGUUCAGAUGGUGGUACAUUGCUGUGUGUGAUCGACGAUUCCAAUGAACACAUGCUUUCUGUGUGGGACUGGAAUAAAAACAUAAAGCAUGUUGAAGUUAAGAGCACUAAUGAGGCAGUUUUGGCAGUGGACUUCGGCCCAACAGACACCAACAACAUCAUCUCCUGUGGCAAGUCCCACGUCUACUUCUGGACCAUGAGCGCUGGCACACUGACCAAGAAACAAGGCAUCUUUGGAAAAUACAAAAAGCCCAAGUUCGUCCUGUGCUUCGUGUUCAGUCUUACGGGUGAUGUGUUGACGGGAGACUCUGAGGGGAACAUUCUCACAUGGGGAAAAUCAGCUGCUGAUAUCAAAACAUUAGGAAAAGGAGCAAAGGAGACAUUUCAGAUCAUGAAGCAAACGCGCGCUCACGAGGGCAGUGUUUUCACUAUGUGCGUCCUGCAGGGUGGAGCUAUACUCAGCGGUGGCGGUAAGGACCGGAAGAUCAUCCGCUGGAGCGCAGACCUGGCACCUGAAAGAGAGUGUGAGAUUUCUGAGAAAUUUGGUGCAGUCCGCACCAUUGCGGAUGUGGAUGGAGAGGAACUGCUCGUUGGCACAACACGAAAUGCAAUCCUAAGAGGAACAUUUUCGGAUGGGUUUGUGGCCAUUGUACAGGGUCAUGUGGAUGAAAUGUGGGGUCUGGCCACACACCCCACUCAGAACAUAUUUCUUUCCUGUGGAAAUGAUCGUCAAGUGUGUGUGUGGAAUGCAGAGAACCACAAACUGGACUGGUGCACAACACUAGAGGAAUCUGGUCUGUGUGCUGAUUUCAGUCCAAAUGGAGCUGUUGUCUCUGUUGGACUGAGUACUGGAAGAUGGGUUGUACUGGAUCUGCAAACCAAAGAAGUGGUGUCAGACCUGACUGAUGGCAAUGAGCAACUGUCCGUAAUGAGAUACUCACCAGAUGGCAGCUUUUUGGCAGUUGGUUCCCAUGACAACUUCAUCUACAUUUACAGUGUCACUGAGGGUGGCCGGCGCUAUACAAGAUUCGGAAAGUGCACAGGGCACUCCAGUUUCAUUACUCACCUCGACUGGUCCAAAGAUGGAAAAUACAUCAUGUCCAACUCUGGAGAUUAUGAAAUUCUAUACUGGGAUGUCGCAAGUGGCUGCAAGCUGUUGAGGAACCGGUUUGAGAGUAAAGAUCGAGAGUGGGCGUCCUAUACCUGUGUGCUUGGAUUCCAUGUCAUGGGUGUGUGGCUCGAGGGAUCAGAUGGGACAGACAUCAAUGCCUUGUGUCGAUCACACAGUGAGAGUAUGGUGGCAGUGGCCGAUGACUUCUGUAAGGUUCAUUUGUUCCAGUAUCCAUGUCCCAAACUAAAGGCUCCAAGUUAUAAGUACGAGGGCCAUGGCAGUCAUGUGACCAACGUUCGAUUCACACAUAAUGACAGUCACCUUCUGUCAAUGGGCGGGAAGGACACCUGCAUCUUCCAGUGGCGAGUUAAAGGGGCAGGGACUGGAGACCAUUCCAAGGAACAUCUAGCUUCUUCCUCUUCUAUCUGCUCUUCCUCUAGCUCUACAGUGAAUGGAACAUAGAGAGACAUAUACCAGAAAUACCAAGAAAGAAACAGGCAUGAAGAUAUUCUAGGAAAUGAAACGAGGAGGAAAUAACGCAGUGCACAAUCUGCUGUGACAUGAGGCAUUUGGAAGGUUAUGCCAGCUUUUGUGAAACAUGUCACAGUGUUGUUUUACCAUUGAGAAGUCGUAAAUAAUGCAUAACUGUUCACUACCUACAUUUCUUCGUGAACUGACAUGGCCAAAAAAAUAUAUUGUCUGAAAUUUUUUUUUUUUUUUUUUUUUUAAAGAAAUGUAUUAUUGCAUUCCAAAGUCAGAAGGAAAAAAAUAAAAAUAAAUUAUGAAAAGUCUAAAAAAAAAUUGUGGUGGUCCUAAACAUGUUUAUUUUCUUAAUGCAAAAAAGAAAUAAAAAUAAAAUAGUUUUUUUUUACUUUUUUUUUUUUUUUUUACUUUUAAUCUUGGGGCUUUGACAGUUUUUGUGAGAUUCACACUUUUGACAAUAAAAAUCGUGACAUUUCUGUCAUUUGAACACAUCACUAGACAAGGAUGUAUUAAAUGAAAUUAAUCUCUAGUUCUUACAUGUAUCAUGCUUUACUCGGUGUAUUUCAAGUUUACAUGUGCUUGUUUACUUCAUAUUACUUUUCAUAUACUUAUUUUAAUCAUCUACUGUUUUUCCGGUCAUUAAAUACUAUAUGCAUAAUUGUCUGACAUUACAUUAUUAACCUUAAAUCAUGUCUCUGUGAAGCAUUGUGUUAUGGUUAGCAGGAUAAUCAAUGCUUUGUUUGCUAUCAGGAAUAUGUCCUCUGUCCAAAAACUUCCAAAAGGCUUGUCUUUUAUGGAUCAAGUCAGCUUUUACGGCUUGUUAAACAAUGUGAAAUUUUGUUAUUUUUAAUCAAAUAAAUACAUUUUAAAGUAAGAA